GCCGUGCCCGCCCGCGGAGCCGCGUCCGCUUCGGGAGCCGCCGCGGCCCGACCGACACAGCCUGGCCGGUUGGUCGGGCGGGGGCGAGACGAGGCGCUCAGCCGGCGGUCAUGAGUCCCGAAGCGCUGCCGCGGCGGCGGUGGCGGCGGCUGCGGCUGAGUGACUGAGGGGAGACCCCGCCGGGGGAGGGGGCAGGCGGAGGGCGAGGCGCGUGUGGCGUGCGCGGUGUUGACGACGGUGUUUUUAACCCUUAGAUGGUCUCCAGCGAGCCGCUGCUGCUGCCGGUGUCACUGGAGGGUGAGUUCUCCAGUAGCAUGAAGGAGAUGAUCGGCGGCUGCUGCGUGUGCUCCGACGAGCGGGGCUGGGCCGAGAACCCCCUCGUCUACUGCGACGGGCACGGCUGCAAUGUCGCAGUGCAUCAAGCUUGCUAUGGAAUUGUUCAAGUACCCACUGGACCAUGGUUUUGCAGAAAGUGUGAAUCUCAGGAAAGAGCAGCCAGAGUGAGAUGUGAAUUAUGCCCUCAUAAGGAUGGUGCUUUAAAGAGAACAGAUAAUGGGGGUUGGGCUCAUGUGGUUUGUGCUCUGUACAUUCCCGAGGUGCAGUUUGCAAAUGUUUCUACAAUGGAGCCUAUCGUGUUGCAGUCUGUUCCUCAUGAUCGUUACAAUAAGACAUGCUAUAUUUGUGAUGAACAAGGCAGAGAAAGUAAAGCAGCCACUGGUGCUUGUAUGACAUGUAAUAAACAUGGAUGUCGACAAGCUUUUCACGUAACAUGUGCACAGUUUGCAGGACUUCUUUGUGAAGAGGAAGGCAAUGGUGCAGAUAACGUCCAAUACUGCGGCUACUGUAAAUACCAUUUUAAUAAACUGAAAAAGAGCAAACGGGGAUCUAAUAGGUCAUAUGAUCAAAGUUUAAGUGAUUCUUCCUCUCACUCUCAGGAUAAACAUCAUGAGAAGGAGAAAAAAAAAUAUAAAGAGAAAGAUAAACACAAGCAAAAAUAUAAGAAGCAGUCGGAGUCCUCACCAUCUUUGGUUCCAUCUCUUACUGUAACUACAGAAAAAACAUACACAAGCACUAGCAACAACUCCAUGUCAGGCUCCUUGAAGCGGUUGGAAGAUACCUCAGCUCGAUUUACAAAUGCAAAUUUCCAGGAAGUUCCUACACAUGUUUCAAGUGGAAAAGAUUCUUCAGAGGCUAGAGGGUCAGAGAGCAAAGGGAAGAAAUCUGCAGGUCACAGCUCAGGUCAGAGGGGAAGAAAGCCUGGUGCUGGAAGAAAUCCAGGAACAACUGUGACUGCAGCUAGCCCUUUUCAGCAAGGAAGCUUUUUGGGCACUCCUGGAAGCAUAAAGUCAUCUUCUGGAAGUUCAGUUCAGUCUCCCCAAGAUUUUUUGAGUUUUACAGACACAGAUCUGCGAAGUGACAGUUUCACACAUUCUCAACAGGCUUCAUCAACCAAAGAUGUACAUAAAGGAGAGGCUGGGAGCCAAGAGGGAGGAGCCAAUUGUUUCACUUCCUUAAUUGGUCUCCCUUCAUCAUCAACAGCUGUUCCCCAGUCUAAAAACUUUGACAGCUCACCUGGAGACAUAAGUAAUUCAAGCCUUACUUCUACAGCAUACAAACGAGCUCAAACUUCUGGACUAGAAGAAGAAACUGUAACAGAGAAGAAACGGAAAGGAAAUAAGCAAAGUAAACAUGGGCCUGGUAGACCUAAAGGAAAUAAAAGUCAAGAAAGUCUUUCCCAUCUUUCAGUUUCUUCUGCUUCCCCAACUUCAUCUGUGGCAUCUGCUGCAGGAAGUGUGACAAGCUCUGGUCUUCAAAAAUCUCCAACUUUGCUCAGGAAUGGAAGUUUACAAAGUCUUAGUGUUGGUUCAUCUCCAGUGGGUUCAGGUAUUUUUAGCAGCAAUGAUGUAGCAGUAUCAUUUCCAAAUGCAGUAUCUGGCUCAGGAUCUAGCACUCCCGUUUCCAGCUCUCAUUUACCUCAGCAGGCUUCAGGCCACUUGCAGCAAGUGGGAGCUCUAUCACCUUCAACUGCGCCUUCUAUAACUACUGUUGUUGCUGCAACUCAGGCGAACACCCUACCUGGAUCUUCUCUCAGUCUGCCUCCAUCCCACAUGUACGGCAAUAGGCUGAAUCCAAAUUCAGCCAUGGCAGCACUUAUAGCUCAGUCUGAAAACAGCCAAGCAGAUCAAGAUCUCGGAGAUAACAGCCGAAGCCUUGUUGGCAGAGGAGGAUCACCCAGAGGAAGUCUCUCACCACGAUCCCCUGUGAGCAGCUUGCAGAUUCGCUAUGAUCAAUCAGGGAAUGGUUGUGGGGAAAAUUUGCCCCCAGUAGCAGCCAGCAUAGAACAGCUUCUCGAGAGGCAGUGGAGUGAAGGACAACAGUUUUUAUUAGAGCAAGGCACCCCCAGUGACAUUUUAGGAAUGCUUAAAUCAUUACACCAACUUCAAGUUGAAAAUAGGCGGUUGGAAGAACAGAUAAAGAAUCUGACUGCCAAGAAGGAGCGACUGCAGCUUCUCAAUGCACAGCUUUCGGUGCCCUUUCCAACAAUAACUUCAAACCCCAGCCCUUCUCAUCAAGUACAUGCCUUUCCAGUACAAGCACCACCUAGCACUGAUUCCUUGAACAGCAGUAAAAGCCCUCAUCUGGGAAACAGUUUUUUACCGGACAAUUCUCUUCCUGUAUUAAAUCAGGAGAUAACCUCCAGCGGACAAAGCACCAGCAGUUCAUCAGCGCUUUCCACUCCACCACCUGCUGGGCAGAGUCCGGCCCAGCAAGGCUCGGGAGUGCCCGGAGUUCAGCAGGUCAAUGGUGUGACAGUGGGGGCACUGGCUAGUGGUAUGCAGACUGUAACCUCCACCAUUCCUGCAGUGCCGGCUGUGGGUGGAAUAAUUGGAGCACUGCCAGCCAGCCAGCUGGCAAUCAAUGGAAUUGUAGGGGCUUUAAAUGGGGUAAUUCAGACCCCAGCAACAAUAUCACAGAACCCUUCUCUCACUCAUGCCACCGUGCCACCCAAUGCAACACAUCCUCUGCCAACCACGCUAAAUAACAGUGCCUCGGGACUAGGAUUGCUUUCUGACCAACAGAGACAACUAUUACUUCAUCAACAGCACCAGCAAUUUCAGCAGUUACUAAGUACCCAGCAACUCACAUCAGAACAGCAUCAGGCUCUUUUGUAUCAAUUGGUACAGCAACAACAUCACCAUCACCAACACCAUCAGUCUGAAGUACAGCAAUUGCAGAUUACUGGAGGAGCACAGAUACCCAUAAACAACUUACUUUCAGGCACACAGGCCUCACCACUUAAUGCAGCUGGUACCAACCCAUUCCUUUCAAUUCAUGGAGACAAUGCAGCUCAGAAGGUGACAUAUUUUCUUUUACACAGAGGCUCAAUGAUAAAACUGGACCAGUUGCAUCAGAGAAGAGUUGACAUUUGAAUGACACUUGAGCCCUGCGCGUCCUGCUGUUCUAGCACUUCAUGUGGCUGCAAACCCUGGGUUCCCUUUCUGCAGAUUGAAAAAGAGCAACAAGGAACUCUUACUGCACAGCAAGAGGUUAAUAAUUUUCAUAAGGAUAUUUUUGGUAGGCUUUCAUUUGCUUUCUUGUUGCACUAAAAUGGAUAUACUUUUUAAUGUCUCUGACUGUGAAGUAGAUAAAACUCUGCAAAUCAUAAUUAUUUUGUCAAUAUGAUGGUACUAAGUACGAAUUCAGCAAUGGAAGAACAUACACACUUUACUCUUCAGUCCUAAUCUCACAGAUUUAAAGGCUAUAAACUGUUUGCAGUGAUGUAUUGCUUUGGUUUCAGAGCAGUAGUUUUAACAGUCCAACCCCAGCCCAUCUGAACUGCUGCUGCAGUUAGAAUAGAUCCUUUUAGACUGAGCUUGUAAUGGCAGCUGGAACUUGCUGUUCAUAGUUUCUUUUUUUUUACACACCUGUUUUGGAAACUGACUCAUAAAGGAAUUGACUUCUGAACUUUUUAUUCCUUUAAAUUCCUGUUGUUGUACAGUCGGAGUUUUUCUUGAAUAAGAAUUAUGGUAUGGAAUCCAAAGUUUAUUAAUUUUGGUGUAGGUUUUAGAGUUUUGAGGUUUUUAAAGGAACCAGUUUGGUUCCAGUGACAAAAUUUUCUUACCAGAUGAGAAGGCCACACUGGAAGAAGUUUGUGUAGUGUUUGGCCUAAACCAAGUGCCUGUUGCUACCUCCAUUUUGUUGAAAUGGCUGCAAACAGCUGAUCAUGCACUAGAGGUGUCCUUGUUAGCAGCGGGAAUACUCUGUCUUGCACCAGCAGCCUUGUUCUGCCUUUCCUAGAGGUGUUUAUACCACUGUAGAGAGCUCAGGCAGAUUGUUACCUGGGUCACUUUUCACUAAUAAAUUACCAAAAAAGUGAGUUAUCAUUUCCCACUAAAAUUUCCCAGUGGGUGAAACGGGUGAACUUGUGUUACAACACUUUGGGCAGUUGCUGAUCUCAUGGUGAGUCUAUGCAGGGUGGUGAAGGACAGUUUAAAUGGGGGUAAUGACCACUAAUCAAGAGUGAGGUGGGAAUUAUUAGCAGAAAAGACCCAGCUGUAAUUAGACCUCCACUGUGUACUUAUUUGGAAGAACAUGUUAAUUCUGCAAUAUGUUUCUUAGUUAAACAUUGCACAGUUCUUACCUCAUUUCUGUAAAUAAAGUUUUGUGAAUCUGUUUUGUAUUGUGAAGAAUUCAUAAGAAAACAUUGAUAUUUUGAUUUGUAAUAUUUCUAAUUAGUAGAUUUAAUUGAAAAAGUAAAAAAUAAUUUAUUUUUAUAUGUUCUGGGGAAUUUUUUAAAAAUGUCACAAAUCACUUUUGUAGAUACUUUACAAAAGUAAACCAGUGGUUUAUUUUACUUACUCGCCCCACUGGUAGAUAUUCUGUAACAAUUUGUACAAAAGGUAAGAUGGAAAUGUGCUGUUAUUUUGACUAGAUGUAAAAUUCCAAGUGUAUGAAAAGAUAUGUACAAAGCUUUUGUUAAUAAACUUGAAUAAUGUUUAUCAUUGUA